AUCUCCAGCCCAACGAUUUGUACGUAUUGGCCAUGCAUGAUACGUUGAUGGAGUUUAAUUUGUCCUGAAAUUAUUAUAUAAACAAAGCCUUGUCCUUACCAUUGAAGACCUCCCCAGUAAUAAACAUUGAUCCAUAUAUAUAUAUGCAUGCAGUUUCUGCCAUAUAUAAGUGAUCCUAAUCAGGUUAUUUUUAUAAUAACCUGUUGGAUCGAACUGGGGUUUGCUAGGUCUCGCUCGCGGAUUAUUCAAAAUCCAUAUCUACAGCGAUCUAAUUAAUAGUCUUCUUCAACCUCAUUCACCAGAUCGAGGGGGGCCAUUAAUUUCUAUAUAAAUAUAUUUAUAUUAAAACAACAACAACAACAUGGUUAACACAACUAAAUUCUAUGUGUUGUUCUUUUUCUUAACUUUUGCUACAAUAUUGGUUCAAUCAAAAAUCCCCGAGUACGACGAUUAUUGGAAAAAUAGAGCUGAGGAAUCCCAGAAAUACGCCAUUGAAGCUUACACUUCAAAUCCAGAGGAAGUAACUGAACAAUUGAACUCCCAUGUCGAGCAGGCUCUAACGAAGUCGUCGAACAGCAGCAGAAGAAGAGAAUUGAGAGGCAGAAGGAACAGGAAGACAGGUCCAUGCAGAGCCACAAACCCAAUAGACAGAUGUUGGAGAUGUGACCCCAACUGGGCGAGUAACCGUAAGAAGUUAGCCGACUGUGUCCUUGGCUUUGGCCGCAACACAGUGGGUGGUAAGAACGGUUCCUACUACAUAGUCACGGACCCUUCAGACAACAACCUCGUUGACCCCUUACCCGGCACACUCCGCCAUGCAGUCACUCGGAAAAAACCCCUUUGGAUCAUCUUCGCUCGUAGCAUGAUUAUCAGGCUCAACGAAGAGCUCAUCAUCACUAGUGAUAAGACCAUCGACGCUCGAGGAGCCAAUGUUCGCAUUGCCUUCGGUGCUGGCAUUACUAUCCAGUUCGUCAAGAACGUUAUCAUCCAUAAUCUUCACAUACACGAUAUCGUUUCAAGUGGUGGUGGAAACAUCAGGGACUCUUCGGACCACGUUGGUUUUAGGACAAAGAGUGAUGGUGAUGGUAUCUCCAUAUUUGGCUCUACAAAUAUUUGGAUUGAUCACGUCUCUAUGUCUAACUGUCAAGAUGGCCUCAUCGAUGCCAUCAUGGGUUCCACUGCCAUUACCAUCUCCAACUGCCACUUCACCCAUCACAACGAGGUGAUGUUGUUCGGUGCGAGUGAUAGUUACUCGGCUGACCAGAUGAUGCAAGUGACAGUUGCUUUCAAUCAUUUUGGACAAGGAUUGGUGCAAAGAAUGCCAAGGUGCAGAUGGGGAUUCUUCCAUGUGGUCAACAAUGACUACACUCACUGGCUCAUGUACGCCAUUGGAGGUAGCCAACACCCUACUAUCAUCAGCCAGGGAAAUAGGUUCAUUGCUCCUCCUAAUUUGAAUGCAAAAGAGGUGACGAAGAGGGAGUACGCAGAAGGGAGUGAAUGGAAGCAAUGGCAAUGGAAAUCUCAGGGAGACCUAAUGAUGAAUGGGGCAUUCUUUGUUGAGUCAGGAAGUCGUUUCAAUAAAAAACAGUUCUCAAGGCAUGAUAUGAUUAAGUACAAGCCUGGCACCUUUGUCACGAGACUCACUCGCAAUGCUGGCACACUCAUCUGUCGCUACGGCAAACCAUGCUAACAUGCAUGCAUGCAUGCAUAUCAUCAAACCAAUUCAAAUAUAUAAUAUAUCCCAAUUCUUUGUUUUUAAUACGUAUCAAACAAAGAAAAGGUGUUUUAGCAAUGCUGAAGCUAUUGAUCUUAAAUUGUGGCUGUAUACAUUGUACGCAUUUUAUUUUUCGUGGUUUUUUUUAGUGCUUUUUAUUUUUGCUUUUUUAAAUUUUGUUUUGGGUUUCUUUGGCUUGUUUAUUUGGGGAGGGAAAGGAAUACAAAGGAUAUAUAACUUUGGUCUGUCGAAUAUCAUGAGAAAAGAAUAUGAUGGAUUGGAAAGGAAAGGAAACAAGAAGUUAGAUAAAAAUCUCAGACUGUACCUGUGACUUGUUUCAUUAAAAUGCGUUUCUUCAA